CCUGCUAAAGCAACAGUUUGAUAAAUUGUUAGCUUACAAAACAAUCCAUGACCCUACACUAUACUAUUGAAAGUGUCACACAAUCUCUCUCUCUCUCUCUCUCUCUCUCUCUCUCUCUCUCUCUCUCUCUCUCUCUCUCUCUCUCUCUCCAGUUGAGGGAUUCUGCUUCAAAUGGUUACCAAAAUUCAAAACUGGCCUCCAUUAUCACUCUCACACACAUCUCCAACACCUUCAAAGUUUCAGAAUUUUGUGGGAGAUAACAACUGCUUAGAAACAAUGGUGGAGACUCCGAUAAAUGGAAGAAUAAGGCAAGCUUUAACAGUUGUAAAUGGCGGACACGAUGUUGGCCUAAGUAGUGCUCCUCCAAGCAAUGCUGGAUCGGAUUAUGGUGUAAUAGAGUUCACAAGAGAAGAUGUAGAAGCAUUGUUAAAUGAAAAAGCCAAAAAGAAAGAAAGGUUUAAUUAUAAGGAAAGAUGUGAAAAUAUGGUGGAUUAUAUAAAAAGGCUUAAGGUUUGUAUCAGAUGGUUCCAAGACCUUGAGAUGAGCUACUCAAUAGAUCAGGAAAAGUUAAAGAAUUCACUGGAAAUGACCAAGCAAAAAAGUAUAGAAAUCGAAAUGCUGCUUAAAAUCAAGGAAGAGGAGCUGAAUUUAAUUAUUAUAGAAAUGAGAAAGAAUUGCACUUCUUUACAAGAGAAAUUGAUAAAGGAAGAAGCAGAGAAGUCGGCUGCAGUGGAAUCUCUUUCUAAAGAGAGAGAAGCAAGGCUGGAUAUUGAGAGGUCACAUACUACUCUUUCCGAGGACCUCGGAAAAGCUGAACGAGAGAUUCAAAGUGCAAAUCAGAAGAUAUCCUCGCUCAAUGAAAUGUAUAAGCGGUUACAAGAAUACAUAACAAGUUUACAACAGUACAAUGGAAAACUUCAUACUGAGCUUUCAUCAGUUGAAGAUGAACUCAAACGUGUAGAGAAAGAGAAGGCUACUGCAGAGGAGAACAUCGCCAUGCUAAAGGGUCAACUUACUUUAUCCAUUUCUUCUCAAGAAGAGGCCACAAAGCAGAAAGAUGAUCUUGCUAGUGAAGUUUAUUCUAUGAGAGGAGAGUUGAAACAAGUAAGAGAUGAUAGAGACCGUCAAUUAUCUCAAGCGCAAAGUUUAGAUGCUGAGUUCAUGAAACUAAAAGAAUCUAGGGAGAACUCUUGCAUUGAAUUGGACAGCUUGACAUUAAAAGCAAAUGAACUGGAGGAAAAAAGUUCAUUGAAAGAGAAUCAAAUAAAGGCAUUGCAAGAAAAGUUAGCAGCUGCAGAGAAGAAAUUGCAGGUGACUGAUGUAUCUGUAUUCGAGACAAGGACAGAAUUUGAAGGGCAACAAAAACUUGUCGACGAGUUGCAAAGACGCUUAGAAGAUUCAGAAUAUAAACUUAUAGAAGGGGAGAGGCUGCGGAAAAAAUUACACAAUACCAUUUUGGAGUUAAAAGGGAACAUCCGUGUAUUCUGUCGCGUGAGGCCUUUGUUGCCAGAUGAAAAUCGUAGCACAGAAGGCAAGAUAUUCAGUUAUCCAUCAUCAAUGGAAACUUCUGGACGAGGAAUUGACCUAGCCCAAAAUGGCCAGAAGCAUUCUUUUAAAUUUGAUAAAGUUUUUAUACAAGACAUAUCACAAGAAGAAGUGUUUGUAGAAGUUUCACAGCUUGUGCAAAGUGCUCUUGAUGGUUAUAAGGUUUGCAUCUUUGCCUAUGGUCAAACAGGAUCAGGGAAAACCUAUACAAUGAUGGGAAGACCUGGACAUCCUGACGAAAAAGGGUUGAUACCUCGUUCGUUAGAACAAAUAUUUCAAGCAAAACAGUCUCAACAACCUCAAGGCUGGAAGUACGAAAUGCAGGUGUCAAUGUUGGAAAUAUACAAUGAAACUAUUCGUGAUCUGUUAUCUACAAACAGAUCAUCAUCGGAUGUAACACGCGUGGAAAAUGGUACUCCUGGAAAGCAAUACACAAUCAAACAUGACGUAAAUGGAAAUACACAUGUUUCUGAUCUUACAGUAGUGGAUGUUCACAGUGCGAAAGAGGUCGCGUUUCUUUUAAAUCAAGCUGCAAAUAGCAGAUCUGUGGGAAAAACUCAGAUGAAUGAACAAUCAUCAAGAAGUCAUUUCGUGUUCACCCUUCGAAUAUAUGGUGUAAAUGAGAGUACUGACCAACAAGUACAAGGUGUUCUGAAUCUAAUUGACCUUGCUGGUAGCGAGCGUCUUUCAAAGAGUGGUUCAACCGGUGACCGGUUGAGAGAAACUCAGGCAAUUAACAAAAGCUUGUCAUCAUUGAGUGAUGUCAUAUUUGCCUUGGCCAAGAAGGAAGAUCAUGUGCCAUUCAGGAACUCAAAGCUUACAUAUCUUCUUCAACCUUGUCUUGGCGGAGACUCAAAGACGUUAAUGUUUGUAAACAUCUCACCUGAUCCUUCUUCAGUUGGCGAGUCACUAUGCUCACUCCGGUUUGCUUCGAGAGUAAAUGCUUGUGAGAUUGGAACACCUCGUCGUCAGACCAAUGGCCGUGCUACUGACUCUCGUUUGAGCUAUUUCUGAUCUUCAGAAACAAAGAUGUAUAUUUUUUUAACCAUUUGUGGCAGUCAAGUGCAUGAGUGAGUACCACAAUAAAAAUGAAAAUGAGUUUGAUUAAUUCUAACAACGGCUUGUAGCUUGUAUAUGAAGUUAUUGAGUAUAUUAUUUAGUUGAAAAGCCAUUCUAAUAGUUCAA